AUGGCUUUGGUUGUAAUCUGCGGCCAGCCAUGCAGUGGGAAGUCCACAGCUGCACUUUGCCUAGCUGAAGCUCUUAAAGAAUCAGAAUCUAACUCAACCAUUAGAAUCAUUGAUGAAGCUUCUUUUCAUCUUGAUCGUAAUCAAAGUUAUGCCAACAUGACUGCAGAGAAGAAUUUGAGAGGAGUGCUCCGGUCUGAAGUUGAUAGAUCUGUAUCGAGGGAUAAUAUAAUCAUAGUGGAUUCUUUGAACAGCAUCAAGGGUUACAGGUAUGAGCUAUGGUGUUUGGCUCGUGCUGCAGGAAUAAGAUACUGUGUGCUGUUCUGCGACGUCGAAGAAACUCAAUGUAAAAAAUGGAAUGAAAACCGUAGGGAGAAUUGUGAAGCCACGUAUGAUGAUACUAUCUUUGAGGACUUGGAAAGAAGGUUUGAGAGGCCAGAUAGAAGAAAUCGCUGGGAUUCUCCUCUGUUUGAGUUAUGUCCAUAUAAAGAUGGUAUUCAGAAAUCUUCUGCUGCCAUCUUGGAUGCUGUUUCAUACUUAACAAAAAAAGUAGACUCAAAAACUCGGGAUGUUAAAAUUUUACAGCCAACUAUUGCUACUCAAAGUGCACGAUUUUCCGAGGCAAAUUCUCUAUAUGAGCUCGACAGGGCAACACAAGAGGUUGUCAAUGUUAUUGUAGAAGCACAAUCCCAGUCAAUCGGAGGACCUCUAAAUGGAAUUUCUCCCGGCCAGGGGUUACCAACUCUUAAUAUGUCAAGAUCAGUUGGGCUACCAGAGCUAAGGCGACUGCGUCGGACUUUCAUUAAGUUGACAGGUCAGACUAGCUUAAGUGGACGGCCCCCGCCUUCAGAUGCAGAGAGUGCAAAAAGGAUGUUUGUGGAUUACUUGAACAGGGAAUUGGGAACUGCUUGA